CUUUUGUUUUAUCUGAAAAUGACAUUGGUGUAUUUAGAAAGUAGUUUUGUCGGGAAAUUUUUUAAUAAUGCAUUGUUAAUUGUCCCCUUAGAUUCGCUUUUAAUAACAUUUAAUUGUUUAAUUUUUUUAAACUGUAUGACCAAGAUAACAAAUCAAAAGCGAAAAGCUAAUGAGAAAACCAUAAACAAGAACAACAAGACCUAAAUUCCAUAAAUGAUUUGAAAUUGGUUAACAUAAAUAAACUUUUAUUUUUUGAAAAAAAAAAUACAAAAACAAAAAAACUCUCACUUCCCCUGGUAAGAAAAACGACACCGUGUCGUCUUACUGAUAAGUCUCGUGUCUUCUAGAGCUGUAGUGCUAUACUCCAGCAAUCCACCUUCAGAAAAAAAAAAGGUGAGAAAAAUGGCGGCAAUGAAGCAACUUGCUCUAAGAUCAGCUUUCAAAACUGCGUCGUUUCACUUUGGUUCACACCAACUUCCUCUUCGUCGAAACUAUGUCCGCGCUUUCUCAGCAGCGAUCAUGUCUCCGCCGUCAAUGGCGGUGGUUUACGAUCAGCACGGCCCACCUGACCAACUCACCAGAUUAGUGGAAUUUCCGCCGGUUGAAAUCAAAGCACAUGAUGUUUGUGUUAAAAUGCUUGCUGCUCCCAUCAAUCCUUCUGAUAUUAAUCGAAUUGAAGGGGUUUAUCCAGUAAGGCCUGUUCCACCGGCAGUUGGAGGCUAUGAAGGUGUUGGAGAAGUUUACGCGGUCGGGUCUGGUGUUAAUGGUCUUUCCCCUGGUGAUUGGGUUAUUCCUUCUCCCCCUUCCUUUGGAACAUGGCAAUCCUAUAUCGUACAAGAGCAAAGUGUAUGGCACAAAAUUAACAAAGACACACCUAUGGAGUAUGCUGCCACAGUCACUGUCAAUCCUCUGACCGCUUUUAGAAUGUUUAAAGACUUCGUCCAACUGAAUCCAGGUGAUGCAAUUGUGCAAAACGGAGCAACAAGCAUGGUCGGGCAGUGCAUCAUUCAGCUUGCACGAAUUCAAGGUGUCCAUAGCAUCAACAUUAUUAGAGACAGGGCUGGGGCAGAUGAAGUAAAGGAAAAUCUCAAGAAGCUUGGGGCAGAUGAAGUAUUUACUGAAAGCCAAUUAGACGUGAAAAAAGUGAAGGAAUUGCUGGGAUCUUUGCCUGAACCAGCUUUGGGUUUUAAUUGUGUUGGGGGAAAUGCUGCUACUUUGGUUCUCAAAUUUUUGAGGAGUGGAGGAACUAUGGUGACAUAUGGCGGAAUGUCUAAAAAGCCUGUUACAGUGUCUACUUCAUCAUUCAUCUUCAAGGAUCUUUCUUUGAGGGGAUUCUGGCUUCAGAAAUGGAUGAGUUCAGAUAAAGCUGAUGAAUGCAGAGAUAUGAUUGAUCAACUUUUAGGUCUGAUGCGUGAUGGAAAGAUAAAAUAUGACAUGGAACUUGUUCCUUUCAAAGAUUUUCAUAUUGCUCUGGAUAAGGCGCUUGGUAAACAGGGGAGCAACCCUAAACAAGUCCUCAUUUUUUGAUUGUGGUGAUGCUGGCUUGUGCUGUUACAGUGUUAUUUAAUCCGAGAAUAAUUGUUGGAGAAGUUCAGUGACAGCGGCAGUUUCAUGAAAGUUGAGCGAAUCUUUAAAUUAGCACUGUAAAUCUUGCAUACUUGUUGAUAUGUCAACCCUCCCUUCUUAGUAUACUACAAUUCUAAGUUUAUAUCAAUUGCUUAACUUGUCCAUCAAUAAAGUAAUGUCUUUAUUCUGUGUGAAAUGAAAAGGGAACUUCAAGGUCAAAUGUUUUGAUACCAAAGCAACCUAAAUUAUACAAAGUUUUAACUUUUUAUGUUUGAUAUCCAGAUUUUAUGGAUAAACUAAUAUACAAUAUAAGACACAUUUUUAAC